AUGAAUUCGAAUAAUAAAUCAUCCACUGGGAAUAAUUCUCCAACCCAGUAUUCUAGAAUUUUGACUACAAGUCAUGGGAAUAGAAGUAAUCUUCAUUUGUCGAAUAAUUCUAGUAGGCAAAGUCUGCAUAACAAAAAAGUAUCAAAUUGGGUGAAUCAUGUGCAAUAUGGCAAAAACUAUUUACAUCAAUUCAGCGAUGUGUCAUCAAAUUCUAAUGCUACAAGAGGUCACAAAACUCAGGUUUUUCCGAAACAAGGGGGCCAACUAAGUCCUCCUCAUUCGAUUUUUUGCAAUGACAAUUUAACUAAUUUGGGAACAGAUCAUCAUCAAGUAACUCCACCGCUUCACAUUAAUAUUUGUGGUCAGGAAUCUCCAGUGAUGAGCUCAAACAUUCUUAAUCAAAGCCCGACAGGCUUGGUGGCAAAUCCUUUAGAUGUUAGGCCUAGAUCUGGUCUUAAUCUAGAGUUUUCACCUCGAAGAAACGUCACAACAGAAUUACGUUUAAGUCCCGUUCAACUUCAACAUUCUCCCCCAUGCUAUUGUCCUGAUGAUGGAAGAAAAAGCGAAAGCCCUUCUCGUAAAAGGAGAAGAUUAUCCCGAGGUCCACAUCAUCCGAUAUUAGAACUUCCUCCUUCUCCACCACCUCAAAGGUCAAUGUGGGAUAAUCGUCAAGUUCCUUUUGCUAGAAGUCGCUACAGUCCUUCGCUGCGUCGUACUAGAUACCAAAAUAAUUUUGCUCAUUCUCCGGUCGUCAUGGAUGUAAACCAGAUAUAUGCAACUCCUCAAUUUUCAGUGGCCUCCUCUCAUCAGUAUAUGGCGCAACAAAAUCCCAUGUCUCUUCCACAAUACUCUCAUAUUCAACCCAGGGAACAUCCGAAAAUUCCCGGUCCUCAAUAUAUUCCUCCACCGAAUCCUUUGACGUUAUCGUCGCCGUAUCAGCACAUUCAGACUCCGAGAGCGGAUCCCCUCGAAUUGGAUUACAUUGCAGAUCAUCGUUCGAACGCCGUAUAUCACGCUCAAUUGCAUUCCGUUAAUCAUCCACCAAGUCCUACUUUACAUCAUCCACUUCAUCAUCCUGUCGUCGGAGGAGCAGCUACAACUUUACACCCUCACACUCCGUCUCCUCCGAUAUUUUUAUCAGAAUCUAGAGGAAGUUCGAUAGAAGUUCUACCUCAGAGAACUAGAAGAGCUAACAUUUCUUCGAGAAGACAUUCUCGUCGUUGGCGCGCUAAUGCAUUACCUCAUCCACCUCAUCCGCAUCCGACUUCGGCACCAUUUUUGUUACACUUCAUAGCGAUGUUUUCUAACCCACCUCUUUCUCCAUACAGCACUGAAUUAAGUAGUCCUAACUCAACUGAAACAAAUGAAAAUUACGAAGCACUUCUUAAUUUAGCCGAAAGACUUGGAGAUGCAAAACCCAGAGGACUAUUUAGGGCUGAAAUUGAACAAUUGCCUUCUUACAAGUUCAAUGUGGAAAAUCAUCAAAGUGACCAAACGUGUUGCGUUGUAUGCAUGUGCGAUUUUGAACCGAGGCAAAGUCUUCGCGUUUUACCUUGUUCACAUGAAUUUCAUGCAAAAUGCGUUGACAAAUGGCUCAAGGGCAACAGAACUUGUCCCAUUUGUCGUGGAGAUGCAUCACAAUAUUUUUACACGACUUCAUCGUCUCCUUCAUCAUCGGAAUGA